AAUACACAAAGAAACUGCAAUAACGAGAUGCGUUCGACCCAUGUUGUGCUGUACGCUUUCCGAUUGACACUGAAUCAGGGAGCCAGCCCAGCUUUUUACAGGGCCAAGAGCUUCGAUCGUGGCACGGCGACGUCCGCAAUCUUCCUCGCGACCUUUGGAUUAUCUAUGAGCAUGUUCUCGUUGAAACAAAUGCAGUCGUCGCAUCAGCGUCGUCUGCGAAGCGGACUCUGUUAGACGUCCUGUUAGUCGUAAUUCAUCAAUAAACAAAAUCAACGGUCCUCUUGAAAAAAUAAAUCUAUCGAUUAUAUCAGAUAUAUGAAAAUAUGUCUGCGCAACAAUUCAUCAUAGCAGAUGACGUUAUUCUGAAGUCAGUAUGCGGCAUAUAUUGGGUUGAGCUAUUAUACCGUCUAGAGUGAGAGUUUGCGAUUUGUACCUAUAUUGUAUUAGGCAAUCUACAAUUCCGAACAAAUUUCUUGGCAUGUUCCUCUGUUAAAGCGCAAACAAUUCGUAUGUUUGAAGGAUCAUGUCCUCGAUUCGCAGACGCGCAUACAAGACCGCGUGUUUCAAUUAUGUAGAAUUCAGUACUUGGUACAGAUAGAGGUUACGAACGAAAUGGAGUUUUCGUCGAAGACAGCAUCGCAUUCGAGCGAGACGUGUAUGCUUCAUGAAUCGAGUGUAGUAGCUUUUUUUCUCUAGAGACGAUAAAAAAAAGAUAGCUCAUCACAUGAGAAGAAAGAGAUAUUCUAGUCGUGUGAGCAAACGAGAAAUGAUGCAGCGAAUACACAUUCUUACACGAAUUCUUUUCCGAGAAAACUUUUGCUACCGGUGAUCAUAAAUGCCGAUAUAUCAUAAAACAAAGGUUGCUUGUGUUACUUUGCACCACAAUUUAGCUUAGCUUAUUAUCGAUUAUUUUCGAAAAUAGUUCCUUCUUUGGUGUACAGUCGCAAUUACUGAAGCAAUGUUAUUUGAUUUUAUGAUAUAUCGUACGUCAUUUCAUUGAUAUUAAACAAACUGGGAAAAAUCUUAACUUUAAAGGGAAAAAUCACAUCAAGAAAUAACGUUAUAACUUACUACUAUAUAUCGAUUGUGCCAUUGAGUAAUGGUUGAUUCACAAAAACUAUAUUUAUAGACACAAAUACAAAUUAGAAUUGAAUUUUCCGUUUGUAUCAUGAAAUCGCUUACCUACAAUCAGCAUGCUCAAAAACAGAGCGUUUUUUUAUAAAUUGGUUCUGAACGAAAGUUUUCCUCGGAAAGACGGCAAACUGUGUACGAGCCAAAGAGUUUCACUGAACAAGUUCGCGAACCCCCUUAGUUGACAAGAUUUUAAUGUUAUUAGAAUCGAGUCGUAAACUUAACAUCGUACGAUUUAUCAAUCAGGUAUCGGUGAUAAUGCUCAUCCCGUUUUCGUCACUCUAUAAAGACGCACUGAAUUUCUGUCAUUGAACCUGAAGCACAAAGUGUUUAGUAAUUGUAUUCAAUUUUUGUUAUUGCAUUUUAUUACCGCAGUUGCUCCUCGCAAAUCUCACCACAAGACGGUUGCACGAAACUCGGUUUAAACUCUCCUCUGUAUUUUUGACAAAUCAAAAUGAGAUUUUAGUGAAAUUCUUUCCUGCUAUUCGAUACUAUUUUUUAUUUUACACGACAAAUACAUUACUGUGCUAUGAUUGCUCUAUAAAAUAUAUAUACAUAUAUCUCUCUGUGUCAUUAUUAUACAAAUCUGUAUAUUAGGAUGUAUUGGUACCAUUUCGGAGCAUUGUAAGAUUGAUCAUUGUUUUUAAUAAAACGUUGAUUCAAUUGGCUAGGACUUAUUUUUAUUAAAGAUUUCUCGUUAAUAAAUGUAAGAGUUACAUUUAAAUCCUACAGCAAGAGAAGGAAGUGAUUAAAAGGAAACAAAAUAUUAUAAAAGAGUAAUCGUAGAUAUGGUAUCAGAAUAUAAAAAAAUGAAUAGAGUACUAUUAAACAAUAUUAUCAAAAGGAAAUGUAUUGCGACAUCUGUCCUUUGGUCUUAACGUGUGUACAUUUAUUUAUAAUUAUUAUACAGUCUCAGGCUCGAUAUUCCAUGUCGUACAACGUCUUGUCCAUUCUUUCAUUCUCUCUCUCUCUCUCUCUCGGUUCUCAUAUUUUUAUAAAAAA